GCCACGGUCUACAUGCCGCUCGAGGCGUGCGAGAUGGUCGAGGGCCAGCACUGCCGCAAGAAGCUCGACGACAACCAGACCUACGAGUUGAUCAAGCGCACGGCCACACCGCCUUCCAAGCGCUUCCAGGAGAUUCGCCAGUCCGUGCGCGACCUGGUGAACAGCACCGAGGAUUACCUGCGCGAGCUCAACAUCAGCACCGAGCAAGGGCCGAGUGCUCGAGCUCCCUUCGCUGGUGUUCGAGAGCGACUCUCUCCGCAAGCCGCGCGAGGGCACGUGGGAGCUUCGCGGCCAGCACUUCUACAAGCCGGCCACCAUGGACCGCUGGACGUUGGUCAGCCUGAGCCGGUUCGCGCAGCGCGACAGCCUCGACAACUUCGUCAAGAUGCUCACGCGCAUCGGCCUCGAACUGGGCAUGCGCAUCGACCAGCCUCUCCAGGUGUCCGCGUCCGACCACAACCGGCGUUCCGUUCGCUCCAUCCUGAGCGAGCAGCAGCACAACAAGCUGCAGAUGGUCGUCAUCGCCAAGACGACCAACUACGCCGAGACCGAGCUCUGGCUGCGCACCCAGUGCCUGCUGGAGAACAACGCGGUCAAGAAGUGCGGCGCGGCGCUCGUGCACAACCUGUGGCAGAGGACCACCGCCAAGAUGAGCGAACAGAAGCCCGUGAUCAUCAUAGGCGCCGACGUGUCCCACCCGGCGACAGGAUCCGGCCCUCGGUCGCCGCCUGCGUCGACAGUGUCGACUUCGAUUCCGUCCAAGUUCCACGCCACCGUCUGCAUCCAGGUGGAGCACGUAGAGGCUACGGUGGCUAGAUGGGCAGGUGUGCCGACCGAGCUUAGUUCACCACUUCUUCGCACCACGACGCAGAAGUGGCGCUGCGGACAGUGUAACGGUUCAGCCGCGUGCAACGUCGCUGCGCUGUGUAAACAAGCAGCGUGUUUGAUCGUAUCGCUGCCUCUGAUUUUAGCUUUGAAGUACGCGUUAUAUAAUGCCGUUUUGAGCAGUGUCGGCAUAUACAGAAUCGGAAAUUCGUUAUUGUCGUCUAGUCGGAAAACGCGAUUUGCUCAAGUCAAUUUUCUAGCUUGGCGAUUGGUCACAUUUAUUGGUACAAACACGGCGCUCCGGACCAUUGCAUUAAAGACGUAUACACGCAUUUUUUUCCAUGCAUAAAACAAUACUGCAAUGGUUUUAUACGAUAUAUGGAAACGUGUUUACGCAAUAUUUAGUGAGUUCUAAUGUUUCAAUUUCGAGAAAUCCAGCUAAUGUGUUUUAUUGCUGCCUCAGUUACGGUAUUUAAUUUCUUACGAGAAGAAUUGUGUUGGUAAGC